AUGACAUCCAACGGCUUCGUCGCCAGCGACCUGGCCGACACGGCGCAGCUGCCCAUCUUCGACGUCCAGCACGUGCAGCUGCAGUUCUCGAUAGCUGCCGACUUUGUCGCCUCCCAGGUGGCCAACGAUGUGCUCAUCCUGGCGCUUUCAAAUGGCAGGAUACUACGCAUAGACCUUGAGCGGCCGGAGGAUAUAGAUGACAUCGACCUCCCCAAGAAACCCUCAGAGAUCGGCGUCAUCCGCCGCAUGUUCCUUGACCCGACUGCCUCGCACCUGAUCAUAUGCACAUCGCUCGGCGACAACUACUAUCUGCAUUCCCAGUCCCGCCAGCCCCGCCCUCUCAACCGACUCCGUGGCGUUUCUAUCGAGUGCGUCGCCUGGAACCCGGCGCUGCCCACCGCGUCCACGAGGGAGAUCCUGAUCGGCGCGAGUGACGGGAACAUCUACGAGGCGUACAUCGAGACGGCGAACGAGUUCUAUCGCAAGGAGGAGAAGUUCCUGAAGGUGCUGCAGAAGCUGCCCGAUGGGCCUGUCACGGGCCUGUGGGUGGACGCCCUGCCCGGCAGGACGGAGUCGAGGAGGGUCAUGGUGGCCACGCAGACGAGGCUCUUCCACCUGGCUGGGAAGGUCGGCAAGGGCCCGGACGGCAGCGGGUCCAUAUACACGAGGCUGUUCGAGGCGGAGCAGCCUGUUAUCCACGAGCUGAGCAGGACGACGGCCGGCGGGACGAACUCGAGCCUGGUGGUGAGCCCGGACCCGCCGCAGGACCCGUACGACGCCGUCGUGUCCGAUAGGGUGUUCGCGUGGCUCAACUCUCAGGGUGUCUUCCACGGCAAGCUGCUCCUAAGCUCACCGCAGGGUGGCGCUGACCUGGGCGCCAAGGUCUUCGCAGACUCCAAGCUCCUGCCCAAGGCGCAGCUCGCCGCCAGCUCGAACCCGGAUAUUAGGAGGAGGAGCACGGUGGACAAUAUCGAGACCAUUGCGCUGACGCAGUGGCAUGUUAUCAGUCUUAUAGGCAGCAGGGUGGUCGCUGCGAAUCGGCUGACCGGAAAUAUCGUCUACGACCAAGUUGUUCUGGACCCAGGGCAGAGGGCUGUCGGCUUGUGUGCUGACAUGCAGAAGAAUACGUUCUUCCUGUUCUCGGCCCAGGAGAUCUUCGAGAUUGUUGUGAGGGACGAGGACCGCGAUAUCUGGAAGAUCAUGCUCGACUUGCAGCAAUUUGAUGCCGCGCUGCAGUACGCGCACUCCCCGGCACAAAAGGACGCUGUGGCCAAAGCCUCUGGCGACUACCUCGUCAGCAAGGGGCUAUUUAGCGACGCCGCUGGUGUCUACGGCAAGAGUACCAAGCCAUUCGAAGAGGUGGCCCUAUCUUUUCUGGACAAUAACGAACACGAUGCGCUGCGGAAGUACCUUCUCACGAAACUCGGCACAUUUAAGAAAUCGGCGGUAAUGCAGCGGGUCAUGAUUGCGACAUGGCUGGUUGAGAUAUUCAUGGCCAAGCUGAACACACUUGACGACACGAUUAUUACCAAAGCAGAACUCGCAGAGAAUCUGAACACUACUCAGUCGAAAGAACAGCUCGACUCGGUCCGUGGCGAGUACCAGGACUUUGUUAACAGGCACAAGACGGACCUGGACAAGAAGACAGUUUAUGAGAUUGUCAGCAGCCAUGGUAGGGAGGACGAAUUACUCUUCUUCGCGAAUGCCGUCAACGAUUACAACUAUGUUUUGUCCUACUGGGUCCAACGGGAAAGGUGGCCCGAGACACUCACCGUCCUUAAGAGGCAAACGGACCCGACCGUCUUCUACCGAUUUAGCAGCGUGCUGAUGACACACACCGCACAAGAUUUGGUCGACAUAUUGAUGAGGCAGUCAAAUCUGAAGCCUCGAAACCUAAUACCGGCACUCCUCGAAUAUGACCGCACCUUUAAAGGCCCCUUGUCCCAGAACCAGGCAGUGCGAUACCUUCUUUACGUGGUUAACCAGCUCAACUCAAUCGACUCAGCUGUCCACAACACCCUUGUUUCCAUCUACGCCUCUCACUCAUCCAAAGACGAAAGUGCCCUGCUCGCCUACCUCGAGUCUCAGGGUGACGAGCCACAUUUUGACCGGGACUUCGCCCUGCGGCUGUGCAUCCAGCACCGGCGGGUGCUGUCGUGCGUCCACAUCUACACGACCAUGGGACAGUACCUGCAGGCGGUCGAGCUGGCGCUGUCGCAUGACGAGAUCGAGCUGGCGAGCCUGAUUGCCGACCGACCGAUGAGCAACCCGCAGCUGCGCAAGAGGCUAUGGCUGGCGGUGGCCAAGAAGGUGAUCAGCCAGUCAAACGGGAUCAAGGGGGCGAUCGAGUUCCUGAGGAAAUGCAACGACCUGCUCAAGAUCGAGGACCUGAUCCCGUUCUUCCCGGACUUCGUGGUGAUCGACGACUUCAAAGAGGAGAUCUGUUCGGCGCUCGAGGACUACUCGCGCAACAUCGACGGGCUCAAGCGGGAGAUGGACGAGUCGUCACAGACGGCGGCCAACAUCAAGCUCGACAUCGCGGGGCUGGACCACCGGUACGCCAUCGUCGAGCCCGGGGAGAAGUGCUACACGUGCGGCCUGCCGCUGCUCAGCAGGCAGUUCUUCGUCUUCCCCUGCCAGCACGCCUUCCACUCCGACUGCCUCGGCAAAGAGGUCAUCAAGCAGGCCGGCGUGGGCAGGGGCCGCAGGAUCAGGGAGUGCCAGCUGCAGAUUACUAGGGGUAUGGUGCAGGGCGAGCGGAGGGAGCAGGUCAUUCAGGAGCUGGACGGGUUGAUUGCUUCGGCUUGCAUUCUAUGCAGCGAGUUUGCAAUUAAAAGGAUUGAUGAGCCGUUUGUCAAGAUAGAUGAUGACUUGGCUGAAUGGACGCUUUGA